GUGCCGAGUCUGGUAGUUGGGUAGGCCUGUGUAUGGUGUCUGGAUAUUUGCCAGCUUUGCUGCCUAGUUGACUUUGCAUCAGUAGAAAGUUAUUGUCACCUCUUUCUUGUUCCUAUCAGUAAUUCAUUGUGCAGAUUGAAAAUGCUAUUAUGAUAUUCAGAGACGUUUUGCAGAUGUUUAAGUUAAUGCAUUUUAGUUGUUGUAUUGCAUUAGGAUUAGAUAUACUGUACUCUGUAGCAAUGAACUAGUUAGCUCAAUGCCUGUAGCAAUACAAUCAGAUAAUCUCUGACACAGCAAUUGACUCAGAUUGUAUAAGAGCUGAGAUAAAGAGAAGGUGAAAUUGAUUUUCAACAAGAAUGAAAAAGUGAGCAGCUGUAACAGCUGUGACUGGUUUUGCUGCCUAAUGCUAAAAAAUACAGGGAUUGAGAUUUUAGUGGAGAAUUUAUUAAAUGAAUAUUUGAACGGCAGGCCUUUGUAACUACUGAGAGGUAAAGAAAGCUGCAACUAGUGGCACACUUACAAAGGAAUAACUUAAGCCUGAUGAUGAUACCAGUGAAUGGGACUAGGAAUGACUUUUAUUUUGCAGACAACAAUACUGAAGGUGAAAAUGGUCCAUACUAUUACCAGACAACAUUAUACAAAGUAUUGGUUGUGUUUGCAUUUGCACUAGUCAUGGUCAUCAUAUGUUUUGGAAAUCUGUUGGUCAUCAUCACCUAUGCAUGUGUGCAGAAACUGCAAACACGUGGCAAUAUUUUCAUGAUACGUCUAGCAGUGGCAGACUUGGUAUUAGGAUUCCAGAUAAUUUUUCAAAUUGUAUCAAUUUUUAUACCUCUCAAGUCUCUUACCUUGUGUAUCUUGCGGUACUCUCUGUUGAGUGUCUCUUCAUUCGCUUGUAAUUUGACACUGUUGGUUCUAACUGUGGAGAGAUAUUUUGCUGUGUUCCAUCCUUUGAAGUAUCAUACAUGUGAUAUUAAAAAAUGGUUUUAUGGCAUAACUGCGUUAAUUUGGACCCCUGCAUUCAUAUUUGGAUUUUUGAUACCAUUUGUGUGGCACAAGGAUUGGACCUAUGAAAAAUCCCAUGGCUGUGAAUUUUCUGUAAUUCUGAAAGAGGAUUUUAUUACUUGGUUUAUUUCACUACCAUUCAUCCUGUCAACAGUCAGCAUUUUGGUUUUAUAUACCAAAAUUAUAAAGGAAAUCAGAAAACAGAAGAACAGAAUUGGAUCUCGAAAUGCCAACAGGAUACUGACACCUCAAAAUGCAAUUGACAGACAUACGCCAAUUUCUUCACAGAUAAUUAAACUCUGCAAGACUGUUGCUCUAAUUGAGUUUUGUUAUUUGGUUUGCUGGGUCCCUUUUAUGUUAUUUAUUGCCAUCCAUGCACUUAUGCGGUUGGAAUACUCGGUUAUUGCUAUAAAUGUUCGCUUCUGUUUGGGAAUUUUGCUUGCUGUCAACUCUGCAUUGAAUCCAUUUAUAUAUGCUGUACGAACGCCAGAUUUUCGUAAGGCCAUUCGAAAAGCAGUAACUGGACAUUGAUGCCAAAGCCAAAAACUUGAAGUAGAUGCCAGGAAAGAUGUUUAUUUAUUCUAGUAUAAAUUUACAAUUUAAAUUUGCUGUGGGUAUCAAGUUGAAGAACUUUUGUUGAGAUGUACACUUGUUUGUGUAUCUGUUGAAUCUUAGUAAAAUAUUUAUGCAAA